AAUUCAAAACCGUUACCUACAGUGUUAUCUCUUUAUCUGUACUCUGUCACACACGAGGAACCGUCAGUCAGUAACAGUCGCAUCUGUGUGUAGUGCUCUUUGGUGCUGCUGCUCAAGACUGAAGAUUCUGUAGUAACCAAAAAUAAAUAAAAAAGAAGUUGCAACAAGGUCCUCGAUGAUGAAGUACCUGCACUUUAUUUCCUGUUUCCUUGCGUGGGUGCCGAGUAACACUGAGCAAACCUCCCACCUGGUAGUCUCUUCCGACUCACCAUACUGUACACCCAGUACAGGUAGUCAGAACCUGCGCUGUGAUUUCAAGAAUAACCCUCAACCUGUGUACCUGGAGAACACCCCAUUUGGCAAGAGGAACACAGGUGAAAGGAGGGUCUACAUCAGUAAUGCUAACACAGCCUUCAUAGAUACAUCUGUCUGUGUUGACCGGGUGCUGAGGAAUGUGAAUGAAGUCAUUGUGUACAGCAGCAACUCCUCCAUCACCUGCUCAAGUGGAGAAUUCAGGAUAUACAAUGUUUCUAUAAACACUCUACCACAUUAUAUUUCCAGUGUUUAUAUUGAUGGUUCCAAUGUUGAUUUACUUCAUUUGAAUGGGAGUCAGAUACAAAACCUAAGUAUCAGAAAUUCCACUGUUCGAGAUGUUUACAUUACUGGUGUUAUAAGGGCUGGCAUGACAAUAAGAUUACAAACAUCAGAUAUAGAUGUGUUAAGAAAUAUCACAGUAGAGGGUAAUGCCCAAUUAUUUGCAUACAAUACUGAAGUGAAUUAUAUACCAAAGAGAGCAAUACGAUUUAAUCAUUGUAAAGUUGAUAUAAUCAAAACUAAAAUAAGCCACACUAGCAAUGACAGCAUUGUAGUAUGCAAUUGUACAGAUGAUGAAAGGAAAAACUUGAAUCAAAGUUUCACUACAAUAACUACUGGUAACUGUUGAUCUCUAAUGUAAUUUGAUACCGUAAGGUACUUGGACAAAACAAUUAUUUUUUUUUUUCAAACCUUUUCCCAUUGAAUACAGAUUGACUGGAAGUGAAUAUACACAAACUAAUUUAUUCUUCAUUUGUGUCAUUCAUGCAUUCUUGGCACUCAUACAAUAUCACUUAUUUCUUUUUUUCCUUUUUUAAGGGCAUUAGCCCACCCGGGCACUGGUCAUUUUUAAUGACCCACAUCAAGGCCUGGGGGGCGAAAAUAUAAUAUAAUAAAAUAAUAAUAAUAAUAAUUAUGAUGAU